AUGGAGGUCCUGAAGAACUUCGAGGAGAACGCGGAGACUGUCCGAGAUCCUACUGGCUACGUCAUCGGCACAGCCAGGAAGGCAGCCCAAGGGCAGCACAUCGGUACGUCUCCACGAGAGCCCCGGGAGCCCCCCGAGGAGCGAAAGGUGCCACCACCGGCACCGCCCCGACCGAGGCAGUCGGCGAAGGGGGCAGGACGGCCAGAGCCGAUCGGCUCCUUCAGCAACAAGCCUCGGGAGCAACCUGCCGCUGCACGAGGUGGCUCAGAAGGAAGAAUUAGGACGCGUAUCAACUGGCUCAACGAUCGAGGCGGCCUCCAGGCGCCGAUGGACGCGGACCGGGCGGCCUCUCAACUCAGCCGGGUGCCAACCGACAGGGAAGCCAUGGAAAUCCUGAAACGUGUGGAAGAAAGCGCCAGUACCAUCCGAGACCCAACCGCGUAUGUGGUGUCGGCUGUACGGCGCAUCAUCAACGAGAAGGGCGGACGAUGA